AUGAAACAACGAUUACUACGAGAAAGCAAUCGUGCAGAAAGGGGAGACGACGAAGACAGCAACAGAAGGCGAACCAGCACUCCGGAGGAAGCAAGCUCAGAUCUCUUGAGAGAAAUGAGGAAAGAGAUGGACGAACUAAGAAACGCCAUAAAAGGAAAGACUGACCAAAAUUUGGAGAGGAUCGUCCGGAAGACGAACUCGCCCUUUACCAUAGCCGUCCAGGAAUGCCCUGUACCCUCCAAAUUUCGUCUACCCCAGCUGGAACCUUUCGACGGGCUGAAAGACCCUUUGGAUCACUUGAAUACGUUCAGGACGACCCUAGGCCUCCAACAGCCCCCUGACGAGAUCUUCUGUCGCUCAUUCCCUACAACCCUCAAAGGAUCAGCCCGAGAAUGGUUCAACAAGUUGCCAACAUCGUCCAUUGACAAUUUCGAGCAGUUGAGCAACUCCUUUGUCCGUCACUUCGUGGGGGGGCAGCGACCUAAGAGAACUGCUGACCAUUUGCUUACUAUCAAACAAGGAGAGAAGGAACCACUGAGGUCUUACGUGACACGCUUUACCCGAGGAAUGUUGGAGAUAGACGAGACAGAUGACAAGGUACAUCUCACAACCUUCAAAGCAGGAUUGAAGUCCAGAGAUUUUGUGGCAUUCUUGGCAAAGAACCCCCCUAAGACAAUGGCCGAGGCACUGUUAAAGGCUCAGAAGUACAUGAACGCGGAGGAAGCCCUGGCAGCUAUUGAUGGGGCAGAUAAGAAUAGGGAAAAGAAGAAAGAAAAGGAGGACGAUCGAAGAGGGCUAAAACGAGAACGGGCUGACAGACGGAAUGACGAUGGAAACCGAAGGAGAGACGAUAAAAACAAUCGUUCAUCAAGGUUCACCCCGCUGGUGAUGCCAGUAGAUCAGAUUCUAACAGAGAUAAGGGACGAACCAUCCCUAAAGUGGCCAAAGCCACUCCAUUCAGCACCUGGAUUACGUGACAAGAGGAAAUACUGCCGUUUCCAUAAGGAUCAUGGGCACUACACGGAAGACUGCAGGGACUUAAAAGAGCAGAUUGAAGAGCUCAUCCGCAAUGGGAAGCUACAACAGUAUGUAAAAAGGGGGGAUUUCGGCAAGUACGGACAGAAAAGCCAGCCCGUGAGCACACGAAGAGACGAAGAUCGUCCCCAACUUAGACCUCAGAACGCCCUCGGGGAGAUAAAGACCAUCGCUGGGGGACCAACCGCCGGAGGAUCAUUCAAGUCUCUCAGGAAGUCAUACCAAAGACAGGUAAACAGCGUCCACAAUGUACCAUCGUCCAAACAAAGACGCACCAGCGAAGACUUGCAUUUCUUUGAGGAAGAGGCCAGAAGUGUGAAGCAACCCCAUGAUGACCCGCUCGUCAUUAUGAUCAUGAUCGAGGGGUUCAACACGCGAAGAGUCCUGGUCAACAGCGGAAGUUCAACAGAUAUAAUCUAUCUCCCUGCUUUCCAACAAUUAAAGCUGGACUCAAAAAGGCUUUGGCCUUUUGAGUCUCCCCUAGUCAGUUUCAGCGGGGACAGGGUGUACCCCAGAGGAAUCACGACCUUAACGGUGACAGCCGGGUCAUAUCCCCUCCAGGUAACCAACCAACACAAUUUUCUAAUAGUAGACUCACCCUCGUCCUACAAUGUGAUCAUUGGUAGACCGAUGCUUAAUCGCUGGAAGGCUGCUAUCUCCACCUACUGCUUAAAAGUGAAGUUCCCAACAGAACAUGGAGUCGGGGAGAUUAAGGGAGAUCAAGUGCUGGCCAGGGAAUGCUACCAUGCUGUUCUGGCCUCAAAAGAAAACCAUACGUGGACAAUUGAGGAAAAGACGCCAGAGGUUAUGGAGAAACUUGAAACUGUAGACCUGGCUGACGGAAAGCCUCCCAGGAUGACCCAAAUAGGGACGAGCAUGAGUCAAAAGACGAAAGACGAAAUCGUCAGCCUUCUGAAGAGCAACCUCGACAUUUUCGCCUAG